AUGAGCAUGGACGCUGGCGGUCUUGCUCAAAUGACGUACAACAACUCCAACCCCUCGCUCCAGUCGCAGCCUGGCUUCGGCGGGCCCACCUCGAGCUUCGCCUCUCGCGGCAAGGGCGCCCAGCUCAAGCGCCUCAGCGUUGCCUCGCCCCCCAAGGUGGCCUCGAUUGCCGAGGACUCGAUUCCUACGCCUCGCACUAGCCGCUCGCACCUGCUGGCUGGUCUUCGCACGGCGCCCAAGACGCCCACGUCGGCACAGCCACCCGCCUCGGCCCCUUACUCGCAGGCCCAGCACUCCGUCGCUGCCAACAACGCCGCUGCCGCCAACAACCGCAUGCCCCGCCAGUACAACGGUGCCCCCCAGCAUCACCACCACCAGCAGCAGCCCCAGUCUGCCAUGGCCUCUGGCUUCCGCGGCGUCAACCACUUCAACCAGCAGCAGCCCGACUACUACAACCAGGUCUUGGCCCCUCCCUCGUUCGAGUUUGACGACGGCGACAUGGACCCCAACGUGGCCGCCCAGCUGCUGGCUACCGAAAUGUACCUCGCCCAGAGGCAGCAGCAGCUCCAGCAGCAACUGCUUGCCCUGACGACGCAGCAGUUUGGUAGCAUGAGCAUGAACGGCAUGCAGCAGUACCCCAACACGCCCUACACGCCCCAGUUGAACGCCUACGGCCAGCAGUUUGGCAACACGGCUGCCAUCCAGGAGACCAACCAGCCUGGUGUCUAUCUCGUCUUCAACCAGAUGACGGGCCAGUACCAGUACGUGGUCGACCCGAGCUACCAGCAGGACAACGCUGCGCAGGCCCACGCCGCCAUGGGCAUGUCGCACUCGCCGCCUCCUCCCACGCCCCACUUUGCUCAGUCCCCGCCCAAGAUGGACACGCCUGUGCUCCACGUGUCGCCUCCCAACGAGAGCAACCCCAGCCCCUGGGGCUCCCGCAGCACCUCGCCGCCCAAGAAGUCCAACACGCCUCCCCAGGACGUGGUUCCGCUUCCCCCGCCAUCUGCCAAUGCCUUUCGCCGUGGACACAAGAAGAACCCCUCUUCUCUUGCUGUUGACGCAAAGGGCGAAGCAGCCGAGGGUCCCCGUUCUGCACUCGGCCGCGCGGCCGGCUUCCCUGCUACGCCAAUGACGGGUACUUUCGGCCCUGGUCAGGCACGUGCUGGAGAGCACCCUGUCCGCCAGCCACGCAACCCUCCUUCGAUUGAGGAGCUCAAGGAGCGCCCCACGACCAAGCACGAGGGCAGCAAGAACUUUGCUACCCGCCAGCGCCGCCAGGCCGUGGGCAACCUUGUACGAGCUGGCAUCGGACGCCGCGCCCACCGUACUGGCAGUGGCAGUGCCUCUCCAGACAGCGAGCACUUUGGCUCGUCUGACAACGACUCGGACAGUGUCCGCAGCGGAGGUAGCGGAAGCCUUUCGGGUAGGCCCAGCAUUGGCAGUCUUCGUGCCGUAGCCAAUGGCGCCAUUGGCUCGGAGCGCAAGGCUUCCAAGGAGCGCUCUCGUGACGACUCCAUCAACCGCAGCUACACUGCCAACAGCGUGAGCAGCGACGAUGGCGCCUCUGUCGGUGGCGGCCUUGUCGACAUUCGCCCAGAGGAGAACGGCCAACGCCGUGCCAUGCCCAAGCUCAUUCUCACGAGCACCGAAAAGCGCAAGAGCCCCGUCUACUAG